AUGGCCAAAACCGCGUCGGAGGAUGAUGAAGCUCCUCUUCUGCAUCUCGAUCUGCUUCUUCUUGACGGCGAUGGCGGCUAUCAAUUCGGGAAACUUUUACGCCCCUACGGUCUUCAAGAUGAAGAUUUUGUCCCCAAUUCCGAAACGACGUGCUACAGUUUCUCCAUCACAAAGUCGGCAGGACUCGCGACGUGUCGGUUGGGUGGCGCGUACGACCCGACGAGGAUUUCCGAUCCCGACAGCGAGUUCUUCUUCAAGGAUGUGCCUCCGGAUACUUACUUCACUGACAUAUUUCAGUCACUCUACUUCCAUUCCAUCAUGGCUUUAAAAAUGACAUAUGACUCUCCGGAAGGCUACAAUCUGGUGCCAGGAACAAAGAGCUACGUGAAGAUCGUGUUGGACACGACGAAGACCUCUGCAGAAGCGAAGACGGAGUGCGAGAAGGACGGCGCUGGCCUCGCCAUCCCCAACCAGGAACCCGUGCACAACUACCUCAACGAGACCAUGAUGGAAAACGCAGCGAAGCUCACAACUACCCACUACAACUUCUGGGUCGAUGGGAAGGCCUUUCCACCGAACCACUUUGUUUGGUUUUUCAGGGACGGCACAAAUGUGACAAUCACUGCAAUAGGUCAAGGCCACUUCCAUCGGAUCGAACCGGAUUAUGGGGAUGGAUGCCUCGCGGUGGCCUAUAAGUAUUUAUGGGCGGCACCGUACUCCUACGGGAACUGGGUGGAAGCCGGUUCAUGCACCGGGCCGAGAUCUGGAUACUUUUGCGAAAUCAGGGUCCCCGACGUGAUCCCACGUUGAGAAGCCCGAGGCAAAUGCCGGAGGAACGAAAAAUGGUCCGAACGUCAAACUCCUUGUCUCUACUGGGGUAUGGGCACUUUUCACCUUGUACCAGAUUAAGACUUGCACACGACGUCGCUAUGCCUAUUGAAUUCCUUGCUUUUCCGUAAGGAAUGUCAACACUCAACGCUUUUGAAUUUUUUUUAAUUCAGGGAUGUUAAAAUAGUAG